UUCCUAGCGCACAGCUGUCAAUGGAUGCUAACAAGAGUGCUAUCUUGCGAGCACGUUAGUUUGUUAUGCUUGAUGAAUAUCGGCCGGAUCGUUAUUUUCGCGAGCGCUGGAUUUAAACUAAUCUAAACGAACUAAUGCAUGUUAAUACUUUUCCGUGUUUUCGAGUGUCUUUUUUUUUUACUGAGCUCUGUUCAAAAAAAAAAUCGAGGUAGCCCUAGCUCGCUAGCUUGUUGUUAGCUGCGGACAAACCUGGUGCAAGAAAGGAUUUUCACUGCAGAUUUUCCACUUCUCUUGUUUGGAAGUCAUUGUUCACGGGAGAGAAGUUUGAUCAUGCAGCUUCAGUACGAGUCCAAAAACUGAAAAGCGUUUACUUUAAGCUUCUAAUUAUGUUAUUGUAGCAGAAUGAAUUCAAAUAACUGACAUUGCAUCAGUUGCACAGUUUUUAAACUUUUCCAAAAUCUAUUGAUAUUAAAUGACCUUUUCAUUGGUAUUGUAAAAAGUAAUCACUGGUAGUAUUUACCAGUUGUUGAGAGUAUUAAUUGCAGUAUUGAGAAAGAGGAUAACGUGUGUGUGUGUGUCUGUAAACAUGGAUAAGAAAUCAUUUGAUAUCGUCUUGGAUGAGAUCAGAAAGUGCGUCUUGACCGAUCAGAGGACCAAAGCUAUUGAACAGGUUCAUGGAUAUUUCUCCAGUGAGCAGGUGAUGGAGAUCUUGAAAUACUUCUCAUGGGCAGAGCCACAGAUCAAAGCAGUGAAAGCUCUGCAGCAUAAAAUGGUUGCGAUCCCUACAACCAAAGUUGCAAAUAUCCUGAACUGCUUCACCUUCUCAAAGGACCGACUGAUUGUGUUAGAACUAAUAGCUUUGAACAUAUCAGAUGCUCAAAAUUAUCGUCCUGUGGAGGAUCUGUUUCGCAUACACUUGUCUGAGAAGAAGCGAGCCCGCAGGAUACUUGAGCAAGUGUGUAAGGUUGGCUGCAAGGCUCCUGUAGCCAUGAUCUCUUCCUGUGGUAUGAUACCAGGAAAUCCAUACCCUAAAGGAAGACCCAGCCUGGUCAGUGGCACGUUUCCUGGAAUUCCUCCAGUAAAGAAAGAAGGUGAGAAGAAAGAGGACACCUCUAACAGUAUGGAGGGGAAAGGAAUCGCUUCACGGAUUACUGGACCAUUCAAACCAUUUCCUUCAACAUACAACCCUCAUCGGCCUGUGCCCUACCCUAUACCACCAUGUCGACCACAUGCUACUAUUGCACCAAGUGCAUACAACAACGCAGGCCUUGUUUCUAUGGGAGGGGUUAUAACAGCCCACGUGGCCCCUCCCCCCUACAGCUCCGCACACAAAGUAGCAGGUUAUGCCAAGCCAGGAAAUCCACAGAUCACCACACCUGGAGUCAACAGUGGGCCCCUCCUCAUUCCUCAUGGAUCCACCCCUUCUACACCUGUCCCACCUCAGGCCUCUCCUGCUCAGCCAACUCCCACAACCCCCAUCACACCAGUGUUCCCCGGCAUGGUGCCCUCUCACAACCCUAAUGCCCACUCGCCCUCCCCUGCUCCGUCUCCAUCUGUGAUCAAAGCAGGGCCCCAGACCCCCGGGGGCCAUGCUACACCUACACCCUCAUCCGUCAUCAAAGCCCACACUCCUUCAGGUACUCCUUGUGGAACGCCUGUCCCUGGUAGUGGGGGCUUCACUUCAUCUCCCUUCCAUGGUGUUUCCAGACCAGGCACCCCUGCUUCCUCCCGCAGCGGCCACGACCACUUAUCUCAGACGAAUUCCAUGGGCUCAUCUCAACAGAGGGUUUUUCACCAGUCCACAGACCACCAGUCAGGAUCCACACACCCUGGCAUACACCCACACUCAGGUAACCCAUCUGGGUCAGUGAUCCGAAGCUACACCCCCUCUGGACCACAAUCUCUCACUCCUGGAUCAUCCAAUCCAGCGAUGCCAAGCUGUUCCACCCCAGGUCACAGUCCCAAACCCUCCCCAGCCCACGCUGCACAGGUUCAGGCCGCCAUGGCCGCAGCCAUGAAUAGACACUCUGGGGGAAGCAACAGCGGCAGUAACAGCCCCGUGCCCUCCGCUUUCAAGGGCGCCUCUCGCUGCGGCACACCAUCUCUUAGCUCUCUGGUAGUCCCAGGUUCUGCACAGGCUGCCCAGGCUGCCCAGGCUGCCCAGGCUGCCCUGGCACGUUCUUUCGGUCUGUCACACCCCUCAGGUUCUCCUCAAGUCUCUCUGUCAAGUCCUGUUGCCAUCCCUGGCCUCCAGGGUCUAUCCUCCAGCCCAGCACCCUCACAUUAUCACGGCCUCUCCCACUUUCCCUCCCUUACCUCCUCACUCCCUCCAUCCACCAUCUCUGCAUCCAUGCCAGGAAUCCCUCACUCCAGCAGUAUUUCUAACCAUCCGCCCACCUCCAUCUACCCAGGACUGGCUUCCAAUGCUGCCCCCAAUGCAGCCUCCCCAUACGGUCUAGGCCUUACCUCAGCCCCCUCGCUAUUCGCAGGCCUCCCUCCCGGCGCAAACCCUGCUGCCUUCCCAGGAUUGGGGGUGUCAGGAGGGCACAGUGCAGGGAGCCCUGUGUUGUCUUCUUUCAUGGGACUCCCCGGGGCCACUCCCUCUUCAGUGGCAUCAGUGGCACCACUGCAGGCAGCCGCGGCUGCUGCAGCUGCUGCAGCUGGAGUUCCAACCUCAUCGCCAGUUUUGCCAGGAUUCGCAUCUGCUUUUAGCUCCAACUUCCAGCCUGGGUUGAGCAGCGGACUCCAGCCUCCAGGAAGCAGCGGCUUCCCCGGCUUGCUGUCAUUCCCCGGAGUACCGGGCUUCUCCCCCUCUGGCUCACCUGCUGGGCUCGGUGGACUCCACAACCAAGCAAUGCAGUCUGCCCUGCUGCAGGCUCAUCCCACGUCUCUGGAAGGCUUUCAACCUCAGCCCAACGCUUUCACUAACUACCCUCCAGGACCAGGAAACCCUUUCCCCCUCCAACCAGGCCUGCACCCCCAGUUGGGUUGGCAGUAAAACACACAUUACUGUUUGAAACACUGAUUACACAUAAAUACUAUCUCCUAUUACCUCCCUCUUUUCUUUUAUCAGUUUUCCUUUUGGCCUUGAACCCUGACAGAUUAGAGACUUUUAGUAAUGUUUAUGUUACCACCAGAAUGACUUAUUACUUGAAGUGUCAUGCAAACAGAUGAAAUAGAGCGUGGAGGGGGAUGGUAAUACGUCUUAUAAUAUGCAUAGAGAACAGAUGUAAAUAUCAGUUGUCUAAGUUGUUAGUUUUUAUAAGUAGACUGUGAAUGGUUUUAAUGUUAGCUGGACUUGGCUGAUCUUGACAAGGUGUGAAAAGUCCGUAGUGAAUUAUGAAAUAUAGAACAUUUACAAAUGUACAUGAUAUCAUGUAAUGACUCGACAGUAGUCCCACGUAGUAUUUCGUGUCCAGUGUGAGUGGAGAGGACAUCCUUUAUGAUGAUUAUGACAUGUCCUGAAUUGAAUAUCGCAUCAUGAAAUGAAUCUCUGAGACCUCUCUUGGUAAGUUGAAUUGAAGUUAUAUUUUAACUUUUUGUUUUUCUUUUUUUUUAACUCCUGCUUGGAGAGUCGCAUAUGUCAUUUUGUGUUUUCAGUGAGCAAACACAUGUGGCUGUCAGCAGUUUACAUUUUGUUUGUCUACAAAGUUUUUUGUUUUUUUUUAAAGAUGUCGCCCUGCUACAAAUACUGUUAUAAAAGUGUUUGAUCCAUGUACUGUUGUACUGUCAUACUGUUAACAUAACUUGAAGCAUUGAUUGGUUGAUAAUGUUGACUUGAGAUUUAAAAAAAACAAAAACAGUUUAUUCUUAAUUAAUUCUUGGCAAAAGAGUAAAAACUGUUAGUUUAUUUCAUGCACUGCCCAGUACACUCAGUUACUUUCUUGUUGUAGAGUAACUGACAUAUUUCUGUUUUUAUUAAAUUCUAUGUUGUUUUUUUUC